ACCCCCGUAAAGAACGUCCAGCCUCUUCCGUUUCCCGCUUCCCCAGCCGAGGCAUGUGGUCAUAGGUGCCGAACCGCCGACCCCAUCAACAACCCGCCCUCCGGACCAGCGCCCGGCUCAUUCGUGAUUCAACAUUGCGCCAACAUCGACAGCUCUCACAGACACACCGUUGCAAACUUUCUACUGCAACAGGGCGCAAUCUCUUUUCUCUAACCAUGAGCGACUCCGACGACAGCGGCAGCACACCCGGUAUUCCGUCGUGGCAGCGCGGCCAAAAGAAAGAACCCGAACUCGAGCCGGAGACCACCACCUCGCAGGAUGCGAAGCAGGACGAUGUCUCCUCCCGCGAAAACAGCCUCGAAGUCGCCCGCAAGUUCCUGCAGGAUGGCGAGAUCAAGGACGCGCCGAGGGAAGCAAAAGAGUCGUUUCUCAGGACCAAAGGCAUCUCGCCAGAGGAUAUAGAGCACUUGUUAGGUAGCUCGGCAUCUGAGCCGGCGCAAGAGACCACUCAAACAGGACAGUCACCGCCAAGCUCGAGUCAAGUAACAACAUCAUCACCAACACCAGCAAACACAACACCAUCACAGACAUCCUCGACGCCCUCACCCUCGCCAUCACCACCGCAAAACGAAAUCUCCUUCCCCCGCCAAACAGACCAACCUCCCGUGAUAACAUACCCCGAAUUCCUCACAAAACCGACCCGCCCCCCGCCACUCGUCACCGCAAACGGCAUCCUCAACACCCUCUACGCCUUCGCCGGCAUCUCCACCCUCCUCUACGGCACGAGCAAGUACCUCGUCCAGCCCAUGGUCGAGAACCUCACCGAAGCCCGCUACGAUCUCCACGAGACAACCUCCCAGAACCUCGCAAAAAUAAUCGAGAAGCUCGAGGGCACCGUUUCCGAAAUCCCCGCCCCCAAGAAAUCUGCCGCGGCAGCAGGGGCAGCAGACGGCGCAAACAAGGACGCAGCAGACGACGAUGCGAGCAGCGCCGACGACCCGACCGAAAUGUUCCACCGCGACAUCGGCACGCAGACCUCGAUCCCUUCCACGCCCUCCUUGACAACCUGGGGAGAGAACAAGAACAGCGACAGCGACAAGGAAAAGUCCGCGACGGACAGACAGGCCGACAAGCUGACGUGGUUCAAGAACCAGGCCGCCUGGCUCAAGACCACGGUCGUCGCCGACGCCGACGACGCGGCGGACCUCAAGUCCAAGAUAGACGUGCUCAAGGACGACCUCGUGCAGCUGGCGUACCCGAGCCCGUCCGACUAUGCCGGAAGCAGCUACUCGCUGUACGGCGGCCCGCGCAAGAACGAGCCCGAGGACGAGAUCAAGAAGGCGAGGGAUAAUAUUCGGAGGGUCAAGGGGGUGUUGCUCAGCACGAGGAACUUCCCUGCUUCCGCGAGAUGAUUCAUUCUCUUGCCUUGGUGGAUCAAUGGAUCUUGUUUGUUGAAGAUGCGUUUGGGACACUGGGCCGGGGGGUUUAUUUAUGAGGAUGUGGAAAUCUGUAUCAUAUCAGUGAAAGGCUUAUAAUGGAACUGAGCGACUUUGUCUACUAUUGCUGAACAUGUUUGGCGCUGGAAAGUGGUCAAUAUGGCGGGCGGUGUAUGCUCUCAACACGCCUAUACCUGAAGGAAGCGAAAACAGCUUCACAU